AUGCCCCUCCCCAGACCCCAUAUCCCAACCCAGUCCUCAUUCCGCUUUGCUCCCUCCGACGCCGCCCUCGCCGACAAAGCAAUCACAUACCUCAAGCGCCACCCCCACAACCUCCACUCUCUCUCUUCCGAUUUCACCCCCGACGCCGCCUCCUGCCUCCUCCUCAAGUCCCAGUUCGACCAAACUCUAACCCUAAAGUUCCUCAACUGGGCCCGCCACCGCAACUUCUUCACCUUCCGGAGCAAGUGCCUCGCCCUCCACAUCCUCACCCGCUUCAAGCUCUACAAGUCCGCCCAGGCCCUCGCCGAGGACGUCGCCGUCACCACCGCCGACGACCAGGGCAAUUUGGUCUUUCAGUGCCUCGCUGAGUCCUUGCAGGUCUGCAAUUCCAGCUCGGCGGUUUUCGACUUGGUGGUGAAGUCUUACUCUCAUUUAAGUUUUGUUGAUAAGGCUAUGGACAUUGUUAAUUUAGCUAAGGCUCAUGGGUUUAUGCCCGGUGUGCUUUCGUAUAAUGCGAUUUUAGAUGCAGUGAUUAGGUCUAGAGGCUCUGUUCAGAUUGCUGAGGAGGUGUUUAGUGAGAUGGUUAGAAAUGGGGUUUCGCCGAAUGUGUAUACAUAUAACAUUUUGAUUAGGGGUUUCAGUGCCGCGGGGAAUUUGGAAAUGGUGUUGUAUUUUUGGAGUGAAAUGGAGAGGAAUGGGUGUUUGCCGAAUGUGGUUACGUAUAAUACAUUGAUUGAUGCUUACUGUAAGCUGAAGAGGAUAGAUGACGCUUUUGGAUUGUGGAGAUCGAUGGCGUCAAAGGGUUUGGAGCCUAAUUUGAUUUCGUAUAAUGUGGUGAUGAAUGGGUUGUGUCGAGAAGGGAGGAUGGAAGAGACGAGUCAGGUUGUUGAGGAGAUGAAAAGGAAGGGUUAUGUUCCUGAUGAGGUGACUUAUAAUACACUCAUUAGUGGGUAUUGCAAGGAAGGUAAUUUUCACCAAGCACUUGUGUUGCACGAGGAAAUGCGGAGGAAUGGCUUGUCUCCAAAUGUUGUCACUUAUACAGCAUUGAUCAAUGCCAUGUGUAAGGCUAAGAAUUUGAAUCGAGCGAUGGAGUUUUUUCAGCAGAUGCGUGUUAGGGGGCUUCGUCCAAAUGAGAGGACGUAUACUACAUUGAUAGAUGGCUUCUCCCAACAAGGGUUCUUAAAUGAAGCUUAUGGUCUUCUAAAUGAAAUGGUUGGGGGUGGAUUUUCACCUUCAAUUGUGACGUACAAUGCCCUUAUCAAUGGAAACUGCUUAUUAGGCAGGAUGGAAGAGGCCAUGGGAAUUGUACAAGAUAUGGUCGGGAAAGGGUUGUACCCUGAUGUAGUUAGUUAUAGUACUAUUAUCACUGGUUUUUGUCGGCAUCAGGAGUUGGACAGUGCGUUCCAAAUGAAGGCGGAGAUGGUGGAGAAGGGGAUAUCACCCGAUGCUGUUACCUAUUCAUCACUAAUUCAAGGUGUCUGUCAGCAAAGGAGACUAGAUGACGCUUGCAAUCUCUUCCAAAAAAUGAUCAGUAUGGGUUUGCGUCCUGAUGAAUUCACAUACACAACCUUGAUCAAUGCUUACUGCAAGGAAGGGGAUUUGAAUAUGGCUCUUCAUUUGAAUGAUGAAAUGAUAAGAAAAGGUUUUCUACCUGAUGUUGUGACCUACAGUGUACUUAUCAAUGGACUUAACAAACAAGCUCGGACGAGAGAAGCAAAGAAGCUUCUACUUAAGUUGUUUUACGAUAAGUCUGUCCCAGAUGAUGUCACAUACAAUACUCUAAUAGAGAGCUGCACGAAUGUUGAGUUUAAGAGUGUGGUAGCCCUUGUAAAGGGAUUCUGUAUGAAGGGUUUGAUGAAAGAAGCAGAUCAAGUUUUUGAAACGGUGAUUAAGAGGAAAUACAAACCUAAUGGGGCAGCUUAUGACGUUAUCAUACAUGGUCAUUGUAGGGAUGGAAAUGUUGAGAAGGCAUUGAAGUUGUACAAGGAAAUGUUGCUUUCUGGAUUUCUUCCUCAUACCGUGACUGUUAUUGCGCUGAUUAAAGAACUUUUCACAGAGGGAAUGAACAAUGAACUUAGUCAAGUCAUAGAGAACAUUCUGUGGAGCUGUAAGCUUACUGAUGCUGAGGUUGCGAAACUGCUUGUUGAAACAAACCAUAAAGAAGGAAAUAUGGAUGCAGUUUUUAAUGUCCUUGGUGAAAUGGCGCAGGAUGGCCUCCUUCCAAAUAGUGGAGUAACCACUUGUGCAGGGGGGUAAAUAAUGGCAAAAUAUUCUCUUAAUAAAAAGAGAACAAUGAUAGCAAGAAUUCAAGCUGAUUAUCAUUUUCUCUGAUUGACCAAGUAAAUGAUUUAGGUGGUAUGAGUAAGUGCAUAGUUAUCUGAGUUUUGGUUGUUGACAGACAAAGUACUUUGCUGAUGCUAUGGUGGUUUGCUGCAAUGAACCUUGUUCCUCCUUUGCCAUGUUCAUCGGCCAAUAUAUUUGUGAAGAUUCUUCAUUUACCUCUUUACCUUCCUCACUUGCUGGAAAUUUCCUGAUGAAUGUAAGUAAUUAUACAUACAUGCUUAUGUGACACUCAAGUAUAGUUUGUGUUUAACAGUUUAAGUACUAUAUUUGGUUU